CACCCAGGGCCCCCAGAGUACCAUUUUAGGUGCAGAGCCUUCGCUAUCAGCUUGGGGCUGGAAACUGGGGCCCUGAUAUACUAAGCAGUCGGCCCGGGGUCGUUGAGUGAAAUGGGCGAGACGUGGCCCCCUUCAGCCCGGGAAUUCACUCAAAGGCUGGGCCUGGAAUCGGCGCCCGUAGCAGCUCCGGGAGUCUGAGUGGGGGCAGGCUCGUGGAGGUGGUCUGCUGUUCCCUGGCCCCUUUUCGAGGGGGCGGGGCCAAGGGCUGGGCCGUCCCGGGGGCGGGGUGUCCCAGGGGCGGGGCCGGGCCCCUGUGUUUGUUGCACCGUGUCAGUUACAUUGUAACAAAAGUGGUGCAGCCGCUCUUCGGGCCAGCACCCUAGGCCCGCUGGCUGCCAGCUGUCGCCGACAUGGAACCCGUGGCCAGCAAUAUCCAGGUCCUGCUGCAGGCGGCGGAGUUCCUAGAGCGCCGUGAGAGAGAAGCCGAGCAUGGCUACGCGUCCCUGUGCCCGCACCGCAGUCCAGGCCCAGUCUACAGGAGGAGGAAGCGAUCCCCCCAAGCUUCUGGCGCGCUGGACAGUGGGCGGUCUGUGCACAACGAGCUGGAGAAACGCAGGAGGGCCCAGCUGAAGCGGUGCCUAGAGCAGCUAAAACAGCAGAUGCCCCUGGGGGCUGACUGCGCCCGCUACACCACAUUGAGCCUUCUGCGCUGGGCCAGGAUGCACAUCCAGUGCUGUGCUGAGCCCGGGCCCUCGCCCCCUUGGGACCCGCAGAAGCUGGAGGCGCAGGAGCGACAGGCGCGGCGGCUGAAGGAGAAGCUGCGCAGCAAGCGGCAGAGCCUGCGGCGGCAGCUGGAGCGGCUCCGGGGGCCGGCGGGGCCGCGGGCACACAGCCUGGACUCUUCGGGCCUCUCCUCCGAGCGCUCGGACUCGGACCGAGAGGAGGCAGACGUGGACGUGGAGAGCCUGGCGUCCGGGGCCGAGGCCGAGCUGCCGUGGGGCUUCGGCGCGGGCCGGGAGCACAGCUACUCCCACGGCUGCAGCAGCUGGCUGUGACCUGCAUGGCGCCGGCCACCCGCCCGCCCGCCGCCCUCGGCUCGGAGGUCGGAGCCUGCCGCAAGCCUCAGGGGCUGCCUGCAACGGACUGAAAGGACCCUUCCGUGGGAACAGGAAGAGAGCAAGAACAUAAAAAAGGCCAUUCAGCUCUCUCAAACCUCUCCUCCGACCCUUUCAACUAAGGCAUAUAGACUUGAGAUCAGUAGAGUGUAUGCCAGCUCCAACCUGGC